GCAAAGAAAAUGCGCAACAAUAUAUGGAUUACACACAUAACAAGGCAACUUAUAGACGGGCCCGAUGUCUGCCGUGACUUAUUCGCGUUUCAGCAGCGAGCGCGGCAGGUGCUCACAGGAGAGUCCUGCGAGUCCAUUGCUAACAAGCAAAGUUUUCCGCGGCGCAUUUUAAUUUUCCGGCCAUUAGUGGCAGGCAUGUCCGUGUCCGAUGAGGACUCCUCCGUGGGCAGCCCCUUCAAGCCGGCAACGCCCACGCCCACGCCCGGCGGCCAGGAGCGAACCAAAGGGCGACCGGGACCCGAGAACAUGCGCCACCAGCACAGCUUCGAGGCCCGCUACAGCAGCAUCAUCCAGAAGCAGAUCUGGGAGACCAGCAUCAACAAGGACGUGCUGGAGCGGCAGCUGAACGCCUACUUGCCCUUCUCCCGCAGUGCGUCGCUCAACAAAGACGGCUCCGGCGGCUUCGACCAACUGAUGCCCAGUGGCUCAACGAAGGCCCGCUCGCUGAGAACCACGCCCACCCGACGACCGGGUCCCUGCCUGGAGAAGCUGGAGACUGUGGACGUGGCCGACCAUCAGGCAAAGCCAUGAAGGCUUUGAGUUCUUGCUGGCUUAGAGAUCCUUCUUGGGCCAUCCAAGAUAGUGGAUAGCUGAUAUUCGACAUUUUUAGACUAAGA